CAGACCCAGUAGUAAAAUGUAAACAAACAACAUGGCAGCCAAGUGGGUCCGUAUAUUUGAAGUUCCUGAAACGAAAAGGCACAGCAAAGGUCACACCAUCUAUCAAGUCAAAUCAACUGUAUUUCCUCGAAGUAGCCCAGAAGCAUCCACCUCAGUUGUAGUAUGGAGGAGAUAUUCAGAUUUGCGGAGGCUUUACAAGGCCAUACAUGAAAUACAUCGCAAGAUGGGCCUUCCUGGACAGCUUCCACCUUUUCCACGUGCUACUCUUCUUAACAGGUUUGAAGCUGAUGUUGUGGAGGCAAGACGUCAGGCUGCUUUGGAUCUCUUCAAGUUUAUCGGACAGCACAGUGCUCUAUUUACAUCUGAGCCCUUUACAAAGUUUUUUGAGAGUGACGAUAGUGAUGGGAAAAGAAAUAAUGAUAGUCCAGCCAAAAGGAAGGACUCAAAAGGAAGGUCGAAAGAAGCUGAACACUUGGCAUCUACCCUUGGAAUACAAGGGUUGUCAUCAUUGUAUUCACAGAUGAGUGAUACUGAAGAUGACUUCAGUGUAUGUUCUAGUUUGGAUUCUCCAACCAGUCCAACAAGUUUAGGGCCAUUAUUUCCUGUGAGUUACGAUUCAUCGUUGACUGCAAGACCACGUGCUGUUGAUGCAGCUAGUAAUAAAGGAGAUGGAACUAUAAGUAAUGAAAAUAUGCAUAAUUCAUCUAUAAUUACACCUGUGUCAAAGGAAAUGAAACAUAAUUUGAGAGAAUCUACCACAGACAACAAUGCUAGGGAGUUGGAUUCACAAAUGCAAAAUUAUCAAAAUAUUAGUGCAGGAACAUCCAGGAAUCAGGACAGAAAGGGUGUUGACCUCAGUUGGAACUUAUUGUAUGACAACAGUGUUGAAGAAGAAAUUUUUAAUUUUGAUACAGAAAAUUCAUGUGACCCAAGAAGAGACCCCAAUCAUAAUCAAAGUGAGAGACAUCCAUCUGUUUCAUCCCUGUCAAGCGUUUCAUCACAGCCAUGCUGCAUUUAUGAAAAUCCUGUUCAUGAUUCACCAAAGCAUCAUCAGAAACCGUAUCCAAAUGAAGAUACUCAAAAUUCAGAUGCAUUGGCUGCACAGGAUAAAGGCUCUCGCCCUCUUCCGCCCAUUGAUGUAUCCAGAAAGAUCAGUAUUACUGGUCGCAAGAACUCUGUUCCACUGACACCUCUCACACCAUUGACAAAAUCUGUUAUUCCUGUUGUACCAAACUCAAAAGUGCCAAGCCCUCAGGAGGUUGCUAGUAGCCAGUAUAUAUUUGUAGCAGCUCAGCAAAUAUCAGAAGCUCAACUUCACGAACAGAAAAAGGACUACAAACAAGCUCUUAAUAUGUACCGAGAAGGUGUUGGAACAUUGCUGCAGGGUGUUCAAGCAGGUACUGCAGAGGAUCAGUCAAAAAAAAGAGGAGAUGGAGAUGGUAGCAGAAGAGAAGCUGUGAGACGUAAAACGGCUCAGUACCUGCAACGUGCAGAACAAUUAGUGGCGCGAUUAACACGUAAAGAUAAGAGAAAGGAUCAGGAUUGUGAUGGUUCGGCUCUAGAGGCUGAUGUAAGUGGGGAAGCUGGUCUGAAGUGUCGGGCAACAGACCUCAAGAGAUAUAGAGUUGCUGGCUCAACAGGUUCCAUAAUCAUAGCUACAGAUACAACAAAUGGAGAUACUGUUGCUAUUAAGGUGCUUAUCAAGAGUGGUAGUGGAAGUGGGGAGAAAACAAUUGUGCCUCAAAAUGUGCCAUAUAUGGUACCUAUCAUAAGGUACCAUGAGACUGACAGCGCCAUAUACCUCGUGCUCAAAUUUAUUAGUGGUGGUAAAUUAUGGAGUCACAUUGGUAAAUAUGUGUCAGAAACAAAUCCAGGGCAUGGAGAAUUGUUUGACAUAACAAGGGAAAAUACUUAUGCUGGCCACCGCUUUUUACUGGAAAAUACAGACUGUGAUGGCCUAGCUGUCGAUGGCUUAUCCCUAUGUGAGACUCCAUCUAUGAUAUCCAACAUUUCCUCACAACAGUCUUGCCCUUUGCCGCCUCCGUCUAAUAACCUCCUCAGUGUGCCUGAUAAUGGUUCAGUUGAUGGAUGCUCUACUUGUUCUGAGGCAUCUUCGUCUUGUUUGCCAGAUGGUUAUUUGCCAAUAUUUUCUGAUUACACUCCCAGUUUACCGUCCUCUUCUUCCAUGGUUGUUAUUCCCCGUGCUGGGAAUGAUGCAAAUCAGGAUGGUGAUUCGUCCAGAAAUCUAGUAGCACAGGGAGCUUUAACUUUGGAAUCGAAAUGCACCGAAGAAGUUCCACAUAAGGAUAGAGAUAAAGUAAAAGAUGCCAAGUUAUCAACAGCUGAAGAGAGAGACAUCAUUGGUGGUGCCGUUUGUGAAAUUCGUAAUACUACUGAAGUUAAUGGAGACAGUGUUAGUAUUGGAAGUGACACUCUUUCCGGUGUUAGCGAAGAUUUUAGUUGUUCUUUGCCCCCUAAUGUUCCUGAUCUGCUGCCUGACCCCAUACCAUUACCAGAAGUCAAGAUAACAUUUGAUGCAGUAGAGGCUGAUGAAUCAUACUUGAAAAAUGAGGAGAAAAAUUAUGAUCAUAACUUCCAAACAGAAGGACAUGGUCACAUCAGCUCAGGUAAAGAGACUGUGAUUGAGGAAGUUCCAUGUUAUUUAAGUGAUAUUGGUGCAGAUGUCCAGUGUGAUAGUUUAUACAGAUUAUGUGAUAAUGUAGAGGUUAGUUCAGAUACUGGGAAAGGUGCUGCUGCUGUUUUGAUUCCAAGGGUAGGGACUGGCAGUCCAGACACUCACCUAAAGGUUGAUGAGGACAAAGAUGAUAUUAGUGUGACAGACACAUCUUUUGCAAGUGUAACUUUACCAUCAUUUUCAUGGACAAAAAAAGAAGACUCUGAGUUGGCUUCCCUUGAUAUAGAAGACUUGAUAAGAAACUCGAAAAUGUUGUUACAAAAUGUUGAUCAUACAUUGCAGCAGAGUAAAACCCAGAGUGUUUUAGCAUUCAAUGAUUCAGAUGACAGUGUGUCUGUUGAGCAUUCUGAACUUCCUUAUGAUGGUGCAAAUGCAGCUCCUGAUCAACAAGAUAAAUUAAAAACAGUUUCCAAGGUCGAGAAAUCCCUUGACAUUAAAAAUGGCUCUCAGGUUGCAACUGUAUAUGACACCACAGCUGCCCAUUUGGAAAUUGAAGUUUCUAGUCAGAAAACUGGUACAGCAGAAAAGGAGUCGUCUAAAGAUGCACACUCCUUAAUUUUAUCAUCUAAACCUUCUACUGGAGAGAGUGAAGAAAAGGCAAAUAAUGCGGCUGAAAAGAAUGAAGCUGAAAAUGAAGUUGGUUCCCAAAACACAAAACCUCCCAGUAAAGAUCUAGUUGGGGAACCUGGAGAUACUACUGAUGAUAAUAGAAAUUACAGUGUUGUGAAUGACUCCAAAGACAAUCUUAGUCCUGGGGAUUAUGCAGAGCCACUAGAGAAUUCCAUUGGGAGUUUGUUGGAGCAAUACUCAGCCAAUAGAGGUCACGAUGCGCGACCUAGAUUACCUGAAGGCAUUGUAAAGAUAUGGUCAUCCCAAGUGAUUUCAGCUCUUACUUCCCUACAUACUUUGGGCAUUAUAUGGGGAGACUUUAAUCCGGACAAUGUUUUGUUGGAUGAAGGUGGCAGUAUCCUCUUGACUUAUGAAAGCCGCUGGUCAUGUGUACAGCAUGACAUUCGAGGAGGCAAAGGUUGGAAAAUAAUGGAUGGGGAGGUAUUUCAUUUAUGGAAAGGUUACUUGGCCCCAGAGCUUGAAUCUCCACUAACAUAUCCAAGUGCUGCUUCUGACUGGUGGUCUGUAGGAGCACUAAUGUAUCAUAUGUUGACUGGUCAGGUAAGGUGA